CAGCAUCCUGCCCAGCAAAGAAGUAACUCACCAAGAUGAUGCCUGGAGGCUUGACACCGGCCAGACCUGCUACCCCAGAAAUCCAGGAGAUUGCUAACGAGGUCAAAGCACAGCUUGAAGAGCAAACCAACAAAAAAUAUGAAAAAUUCGAAGCCGUUGAGUAUAAAACUCAAGUUGUCGCUGGAAUCAAUUACUUCAUUAAGAUGGAUGUGGGACAUGAUUGUUUCACCCACAUAAAAGUAUUCAAGGGUCUUUCUGAAAACAGUGAUUUGAAACUGACUGGUUACCAGACUAACAAAACCAAGAAUGAUGAACUGGCCUACUUCUAAACAGCAAAUUCUAAAGUGACCUGAUUCCUCUCACUGUAAACAGAUAUGGCCAUCAAUAAAGAAACUUUCUUCAA